AUGAGCGACCUUACAGAAUGCACCGCACCUGCUUAUACAGAGAAAACCGAUCCUCCGCCAGACGCUUCAAUGCCAAUCGAUCCACCCAUACAAUUCACAGUGGUGCACAAUCGGAACAAGCACCGAUUUUCGUUUCCACCAUCAACUACGGUUUUGGAAGUGAAAGAGGCGUUGGAAAAAUUAACACACGUCCCGGUUAACAUGCAAAAGUUGAUAUUCCGUGGUCUUUUGUCCGAUUCCGCGUCGUUAGGUAGUCUACAGCUUCCUGCUCGUGAUGCCAAGCUCAUGUUGGUCGGUACAAGUCAAUCAGAGGCGGACGAGUUGCGACAGGUUGAAGCGACCCCUGUGGUAGAAGGCGACAAAACUACAUCGGGUUCACCCAUUGAGCCGAAUACAGAUUGGUCCGAACAAACUGAGCACAAACGAGUCCUCGAACGCUUCGGCAAACCGGAGAAUGCGAUGAUUGGUAUCAUAAACAGCGAAGAGAUCUUGGCCCCCGACGAAUCACUAACCGGAUUGUAUGACAAACGCGGCCAACCCUUGCGACUUCGUGUACGACCUGAUACGUGUGAAUUGUGGCUUGCUACGAAUGACGUAACACACAAGUUUCCAUUGGCUACCAUACACGAUGUAGUUAGUCAACCCAUCAAAGAUCAUCCAGAGUAUCACAUUAUGGCUUUUCAGUUGGGUCCAACCCCCAAAUCCAGAUACUUUGUAUAUUGGUUGCCUUCUCAGUAUGUGGACUCCAUCAAAACCAUGGUUUUACAACACAAAAUUAUGCGAAAUUCAGAUCACACACAACUCUAA